UUCUUUGAAUAAAACGUCGAAGUUAAGAAUAGCUUACUCUGCGGAUUGAUUUACUCACUGUAUUGGUAAAUAUCGUCACGUGACCGCUGUAACCAAUGGCUGUAGAUGUAGUGCAAAAAAUACUAUGAUUGUUCAGAGGGAAGGUAUCUAUAACAGUGUAACCUUUUAUAUGACUGCGAAGGGAUCCAAAAAUGUCCACGAGUGGUACACUUAGUAACUAUUAUGUUGACUCUAUAAUAGGGCACGAGACGGAGGAUGUCUAUGGGACCAGGUUCGCUCAAGCAGCGCAUAGCACGACCUCGAGGCCAUCAGGUGUAGGAGACAAUCCCGAUUUUUCGUCUUGCAGCUUUGCACCCAAAUCUGCCGUUUUCUCGACCUCCUGGUCCUCGGUUCACCCACAGCCCACUGCUGCAGUUUCAGGAAUCUAUCACCCUUACGUGCAUCAGUCGCACCUCGCCGCGGCGGACAGCAGAUACGUGCGCUCUUGGAUAGAUCCACUGUCCAGCUCCGUUUCGUUUUCCGGCUUCCACCCGAACAGCCGGCAUUACGGAAUAAAGCCAGAAACUUUGCCUUCCAAGAGAACUGAGUGCUCUUCGUAUGAUGUGCAGACGCCCAGCCUUUCAGAUUUCACAUGCGGCUCGUUUUCAGAAAACAAGGAGAAGGCAGCCAAAGAGCCCACCAGCACCGACAUUUCCAGCAACAGUGAGUCCAAAGACGAGAAACAGCAACAACUUGACCCAAGCAAUCCUGCGGCAAACUGGAUUCACGCUCGCUCAACGAGGAAGAAGCGUUGUCCUUACACGAAAUAUCAGACACUCGAAUUGGAAAAGGAGUUUCUUUUUAACAUGUACCUCACAAGGGACCGUCGUUACGAAGUUGCUAGAAUUUUAAAUCUAACUGAGAGACAGGUAAAAAUAUGGUUUCAAAACAGAAGAAUGAAAAUGAAAAAAAUGAAUAAAGAAAAGGGCAGUAAGGAUCAGCAAUAAGAAAAGAAAAAGAACUUUUAUUUGAAGAAGAAGAAAAAAAAAAAAAACCUCAAGAACUUGUUCAUCUCUGUCGAUACCAGUUAUUAUUAUAUAUAUAUUUUUUUUAACCAGGGGCUCCUGUGAUGAUUUUAAAUUUGAACUGGCUGCUCUUCCUUACUUAUGUUUUUCUUUUUUUCUGCACGUGUUUAGCAGCUAAAAUGCUAAUGCCGCAUUGGGGUCUGUUUUUGAUAGAAAAUGUAUGUGUUUGCUAUAUUAUUCAACAUGUGGUGCCGAUGUGUGUGUGUAUAUAUAUAUAUAUAUAUAUAUAUAUAUAUAUAUAUAUAUAUAUAUAUAUAUAUAUAUAUGCACAUCGCCAAAAGAUAAAUUCUCUUUAUUACAUUGGGAACUGUAUCAAUUGUUACAAAAAAAAAAAAUACAAAUUAUGGAUAAUAGUCUGCGGCACCAUGAAGUACCACAAUACCACUGGACUAUGCUUGUUUUUAAACAUACUUGUUGUUUACAAUAUAUUUUGCCCCGAAUCUGGACGUAAAUGGCAUGUAAAAUUUUAAAUAAAAUAAAAAGCCGGGUAUGUGAUGGUGCUACACAUGUUUACCUGCACACCCUUUCUUUCACUUGUGCCCGCUUUGUGUGUCACAUACACUUGUCUUUGAUUGGGUUUCUGUUGCUCUUUUUUUAUUAUUAUUCCCGUUUAUCACUGAGCAACGUCCAUGUAAAUUUCACGAUCUCGAGUCUUGUUUCUUACAUUUUGUCUUGUAAAGCUAAAACCUUACUGAUAAUUGUUUCGCCAUUUUCAGGUACGACCGAAAACAUGCAUACAAUUCAUUACAAUUAGAAAUGUGUGCUGAAAUUUACUAUUCGUUUAAUUAUUUUCAUGAAUUAAACCAGCAUCAUUUGGUCUUCAAUCUAUCGAUACUUCAUUUUUUUUUCUAUAUGUAACAGUAACAGAAAAUAUCUUAAUUGUCCACAUUUACAAAUAAAUAAAUUAUAUCUGUGGACUUGUCUAUACGUGUUCCAAUAAAAGCAUUUUAUGACCUUAAUUUUGUUGGAGGGAUGGGAAUGGGGGGCUGGAGGGAGGGAAGGAAGGAUUAGCCUAUCAUUUAGGAUGUUGUAAAUGUGGCGGAUUCGAAAGCUGCAAGAAAGAAUCUCAUGUCUUAUUGUACAUUCAUGAAAAAAAAAAAGUAUGGCAAUAUAUGUUGAGUGUAAAAAAAAGUAAUUCUUGCAUGGAAAACUGUUAUGCAUGCUUAGUAUUUCUUGAAAUAUACAAAUGAAAUUAAACGCAGAUAAUAUAUUGUGUUCAUUA